AUGUACCGGGAGAUGCUCAGCGUCGUCGCCAAGUUAGAGCGGGCCAAGAUCGACGCCAAGAUUGCCACUGAAGUUGUGUACAGCCUACAGGUCGACGUAAGUAUGAACCGUCAGCAGCAAGACAACAAAUGUGUCACUGCCAGAGUGGUCGAUGCUAACGCUGAGCUGCAGAACAACAUUCUAAGUGUGGUGGAACCGCAAGGAGAUGGCACAAACGUUCUACUAGAGGCGGUCAAAACUGCUGUUGAAGGGCGGGAUCUGCCUCUCGACAAGCUGGUUGGCUUGACCACGGACGGGGAGAGCGCCAACACGGGUCGCAGCAGUGGUCUCUGGAAAAGGCCCAAUGACGUGCUGGGACGUGACCUGAUCAGCAUCUGGUGCGUGGGUCACAAGGGUGACCCAGCUCUCGAGAGUGUGGAGAAGACGGUAUCGGAGAUCCUGCACUGGAAGACGAAUCUGUGUGCUGUAAUAACGCACUUCCGAACAUCGAAGUCCAGGAACAAAAAGCUCCGCGAGAGCAGCGAGAAGGUGGUCACUUUCCCCCAGCACUUCGAGGUCCGUUUCGCCCAGCACCUGCUGUCGUCAAUCAACGCUGUCCUGACGAACCUAGCGGCCUGUAGAGAGGUAUGGCAGGAGACAGCAGCAAAAGACAGCAAGAAAGAGAAGGCUGAAGCCAAGGGCUUUAUCAAGACAUGGGCCGCGGGCGGCCGCGCAGUCCGUGUGACGAGCGUCAUGCCCGACAUCUGCGGAAUU